GCUGUUUGCGGGGACUCCGCGCUUCUGGCGAGGGCUGCGAGCCCGCUGCCACACGAGGGGCAGCGCGGCCCGGCCACAAGAUGGCGGCCGCCGCUGAGGGGGGAGGGCGGCUGCCCGAGGAGGCGCCGGGAGAGCGGAGCGGCCGCACUAUGGAGCGCUGCGGGAGCGGCAACGACAGCGACACGGACAGCGACGAGACUGUCGUGGAGGGCUCUGUGCCGGAGAGUGAUGUGGACGAAGAGGAGUUCCGUAGGAGGAGGUGGUUGAAUUUUCUUAACAAGGAUAUUGCUUUAACAACUGAGAUAAGUAUUAAUAAAGGAGCUUUUUCUCCAGAAAUCUGUUUUAUACAGAAAUUUGGUGACCACACAUAUCGUCAUAAGGCAGAACAGAUAAAACCAGUACUUCAAGAAGCAUACACAAUUUCUGACCAGUCUCAAUCCCUACUGAAGGAUUGGAUAAACCAUUCAUCACCUACUGAAAAUAUUUCUAAGCCUUGUUUUUCAUUAAAUUCUGCAGCAGAAGAACAGAAAAAUAAUUCUGAAGAUAUCAAAUUGAAUGGAUUUCAAAAGGAUUUAGAAGAAGAGAUAUCACGAAAAUUAAGUAAUAAAGAUUGCUGUCCAGAAAUAAGCUGCUGUCUCCAUGAUCCUGUGGAAGACAUAAUAACAGUUCAAGAGGAACAGACACCAGAAGAUACAUUUCCACAUGUUUUAGAUAAUUGCCACAGAACCUGCAUGACCAUUAUUGACACAGAUAGCAGAGUAAAAGAGCAUUCCCUUAGUAACAAUACAGAUCUUUCACUGUCAUCCCCAGGAAAGAUUGUCAUGGGUGUAUUCACUGAACAGAAUUUAGAGACUUGUGAAGUUGACAUCACUGAUUUGUUGAGAUACCCAUGUGAUUCUGAGAGUCUUAAAGUUAAAAACCCAUUGCCUGACAAGUUAGAGUGUCAGGGUCAUGCAUGUUCCAUCGAUCCAUCAGCAACUGAGAGCAGUGAUGCCCUGCCAGUAGAUCUUGUGGUGCCUCUGAAUGCCUUGUCAGGAUCAAUGGUACAAGCUGCCACUCCUGGAGUGCCAAAUGAGAGCCAGCUCAACACCAAGGAAGAGCAGCUAAAUUCAGAAACCAGUGUUCUGCAGGUAGAUGAUGACUAUACUCAAAUAACAAAUGUCAUGGAGCCUCGACUUGCUGCAAUUCAGGUGGAAGAAAUAAGUGCCUUCACAGGAUCUAACUUACAGAGCACAACAAAUGAGCAACCUGUGGGUGGUCAGCAGAGAGAGGAAGAAGUAAUGUCACAUUUCUUGGAUGCCACCUUUAGUGAAAAACAAACUGGUGAGGGACAUUCAUGUUCAGUGGAGCCUGCAGCAUGUGCAGAAACAGCCCAAACAACAUCAAGUAAAAUUCAGAAAUCUUCUGAAGACAAGCAGGAUCUAGAAGCCAUCAUAUGGCAAGAAAUACUUCUUAACGAGUAUGCAGAAGCUAAUCAGAGGAGAAGGAGCAAGAGAAUUGACAACAAACGGAGACGAGAAGCCUUUGGUAGGAAUUCCAUAAAUCCAGCUCGCCCCCUUUCACUUUCAAAAAUCCACAGGAGGAAUGCGUAUGGUGAGAACUUACUACAUAGAGCUGUUACUCACCAAGACAUAAACCUUGUACGUAGGAUAAUAAAAGCCGGUGGAAAUGUAAAUGCUCAGGAUUAUGCUGGCUUGACUGCGCUACAUAUAGCAAGUGUGGAAGGCUUUUAUGGGAUAGCAAAUCUGCUUUUGAAAGCAGGAGCUGAUGUUAAUGCUGCACAAAAGGAACAAAUAACACCCUUGCAAGAUGCAGUUAAGGAAGGCCAUUAUGAGAUGGCAAACUUAUUACUUUGGUAUGGAGCUGAUCCCUUAUUAAAAAAUCAGAUGGGAAGGUGUGCAUUAGAAGAAGCUUCUGACCCAUCUAUGGUGAAACUUCUUAAAAGUUAUGUGGCGAAAUCCAGAAGAUACUCAGUAGCAGGUGGAGAUGAUUCAAAGAACACGUUAAAUAGUCAGUGUGUAGAAGAUACAAACCAGAACCAGAAUUCAUUACAGACACAGGAGUCAAAACCAGCAUGUGCAAAACCUCAGAAGACAAGCCAAAAAGCAAAGGCAGCCUCAUAUUCCAGUAGCAGCAAUAAGAAGCUUUCAUUUUCUCAAUCACAACUGAGUCAAGCAUCAGAACAGCAAACAUCUAAGUCAGAAUCUACCAGGGAAACAGCUGUAAUUGUCCAUGGUACCUGUAAGAGAAGAGCUGGGAGAAAGAUGAAAAUUAGGAGAAAUGCAAAAGGGGAAACUCAGCUACAUGUUGCUGCUAAGAGAGGAGAUGUGUCUUUGGUGAAGACUCUAAUAGCAUCUGGAAUUUCUGUCAAUGAACAGGACAAUGCAGGUUGGACAGCAAUUCAUGAGGCCUCUAAUGGAGGAUUUACUGAUGUGAUCUUAGAAUUACUGAAAGGAGGUGCCGAUGUUAACAGCCGAAGUCUCUGUGGUGUUUUACCAAUACAUGAUGCUGUUUCUGGCAAUUAUUUGGAGGCAGCCAGGAUUCUGCUGCAGCAUGGAGCAAAUCCCAAUGAGAGGGAUGGUUCAGGAGAAAGUGCAUUGGAUCAAGCUUGUGAUGAAGAAAUGAAAGAACUGUUGAAGUCAUAUGGUGCUAUCGACUCUGUACUUCCUGUUCAAACUGUUGAAGUUACUGAUUAAUUUUAAAUUUUAUUUAUUUUUUCUUAAUCGGGGAAAUCAAAACGUCAUUGUUACGACUGCUAUAAAAAUGAUGAUGCAGCUUUGGAGACACAACAUGAGAAAUACAGCGUGGAGUCUGUUGCUGCCAUACAGGAUACAGAAAGGAAGCAGGAAGAACUGUUGCUGUUUGAGUUGAGCACUUCGAAAGAUGCAGAUGUGUAUAUCCAAAGGCUGUCUCAGAUACAAGAUACUUUGAAUGAGAUACUUGCAAAGCAGAAAACAGAGAGGGAUACCCUUGCUAAAAAAUACAGGGCUUCAGUGGAAUCGUUUAAAAAAGGUACCCUAAGGAAACAAUUAGUUAACCUUGCUUCUAGUCAAAAGAGCCUGUUGACUGUGGCCCAAAACCAGGAAAAAUUAGUUCAGAAAUUUAAAAAUUACAGAAAAACAAAUAAAAUGUUCCAUUCAUCAUCAGAAAAGCAAAUCUCAGACUUAGAUACUUUUCAUGGAAGCAAUACAAGGCAAAGUUUAACUGCUAAUGAAAUCAUGUGUCCUAAUUCAGUAACAUUUAGUAUGGGGCUUGGAGCCAGCAGGCCUAAUGGAAACAGUGUAGAAGCACAUGUCUCUUUAGAAAAUAGAUUUUCAUCUCAGGAAUGCAUGCAGCAUCCACACAUCUGCUUGGAUGAGACAGGAGCAAAUAAAGAAGCAAUUACAAGCAAGGAGGCCUCUGAUCAUGCUUUGGCAUCUGAAAACAGAGUAAGAGAAUAUGUCUUUGACAGCAUGUCAAAGCUGACAAAUGCUGCAGAAGUGAUGACAUUGCCUUCAGAACCUACUAUUUCCACUGCUAAAACAAAGUGCUCACAGCAAAAAGACAAUUGUGUAGCAGUUGUAGGACAAAGAAACAGGUCUUUAAAUUGCACUUCAAUGACCAGCACAUUAAAUAUUGUAGAACCCCAAAGCACUGUUGUCAGUAAGAAAGUCUAUCAGACAAGUGUCUGCAAGCAGAUUCUUUCACAUGAAGAUCUGCACAGAUCUGUGAAUAAGAGAGAAGCUUUCCAGCAGCAGCAGCAGCCGCAGCAAGAAAUUUUAUUAGCAUCUACAAAGAGCUUCUCUAAUACUCUGCAGGAAAUGGUCUUUCAGAAUAGUGAGAAUUCAUUUAAUGCCAGCCUGAUGCUUACUAAUCUUUCCUCAAAUACAGACUCUCCAGCAAAUAUCAGUGAGAAAUCUUCACAGAGUUGUGGUAAUCAGGAAUGGGAACAAAACCAAGUGAGAUAUAGAUGGAAGAAUAAGAAAAAGCAUCAGUUGAUAGAUCUUCUUGAAUUGGGGAGGAUAAAGCCUGGAGAAAAUGUUUUAGAAUUCAAACUGCAGGAAUUUAGUCAUAAAGCUACACUCUUGAAGAAUGGCAAGAUCAGAACCAGUAAAGGACAAAUACUGCAGAAUCCAGUUCAGUGGGUUAAAGAUCUACUAGGAAGUGAUAUUUCUGUGACAUGGAAGUAUGUGUGGAAUAAGGUUACAUAUCUUGGGACAGAACUGUCAAAAUUUAGUGUUGGUGAAGUGUCAGUUUCCAGUGACCUGGAGUUACCAACACAGAAAGGAAAUCCUUUAGGAAAGAAUUUUAUGACAAGGAACCACCAGCACUAUCAGAAUCCUGGUAGUGGCUCCAUUGCUCAGCCUCUUGGGAGCUUUGACCUGAGUAAUAUGCAGCCAAACACCACAUCCCUGCCACAAACGCAAGUUGCGAGGCUGUGUGCUGAAGUAGAAGCAGCUGUUGCCAGGGAAUUUAUGAGCUCUUCUGUCCAGUUCAACUCAGUGGAAAGCCUGACACAUUUUCUUCAAUUCCAUGAGAUAGUAAUGGCACAUAAAGAGGAAUUUCUACCAUGCUCUGCAAUGGAAAAGCACUGGAAUUUCUACAAAGAAUGCAAAGAUUUUGGAUUCUAAAGACUUCUUGAGUGCUAAUGCAUUUUUCUUUGCCAUCACUUAAAAGUAAACAUUUGAGCUUUUAGAACUAAGUGCUUUGCUGCUGUCAUUUUGAUAAAUCGUUUGUCCAGCACUUGGGAUGAUGGAAAAUUUGUUUGGGUAAGUGAGGAACAGGGAAGUAGUUAGUAGAUGGCAAAGAUAACUGUCAGUAUUUACUCUUGCACUGCAAGAUUAAGAAAUGAGGAAGUAGAUAGAACUUAGACACUGAUGCUCAUUGUGAAUUAUAUUCCUGGUAGAUUACUUUAAAGUUGAACUUGUAAGUUUUAAUUUCAGAUUAGGUAACUGCCCAUGCUUAAUGGGGCAGGACACACAAACAGGCAUCAGCUCUCACAGUCACUUCUUACACCUAAACCUGGAACUGCUGUGGCUGCUAUCAGAAAUGGCAGUGCAUGUUUGUGUAAUAACAUAAAUUGUUAGGUUAGGCAAAAAAUCAAGAUGAGCAGCCUUGAAAAUCAUCAGCAGCUUUGCAUUAUGUGAUAUAUAUAUAUAUAUAUAUAUAUAUAAACAUUUGAGGAGGGCAGGUGCUCAGAGAGGUGGUUAAAAGAAGAAUCUUAGCUAUUGGAAGUGCUCAGGAAAAUUCCAUUCAUAUUUCAACCAAAUCUCCCUGAUGGGCAGAAAAUGUGCUGGCAUAUGACAGGAAAUGCAAUUAGCCUGUUUGUGGAACACAAAUUUCUCCAGGUAACAGCAUCUUAGGUAUUCAUCCCAAUCUCCGAGGGAUUUCUAUUUGUUUUAAUUUUACAAUGUUUGAAUCUGCUUUAGCAGCAUAUUUGUAACAGAUUUGACUGUUAAGAGAGUUAUCUGCAUUCAAGUGAUAUUCUUGCUCUUUCGUUCUUUGGAUUAGAAGAAGAGAUAGAAUAAUAGGACCUGCUACUCCUAACUCCAGUAAAUAGGAUGGGAAGUAUCUCCUGUUAAAACAUAAUGUCAGCAAGCUAUUUGGAGUGUGAAGAGCUCUUCUGCAAAGAGAGAUCUGAUUAGUGUCUUAAUCAGAAGUUGGUUUAGGGAAGUGAGAGGGGUCUGAUGUGCAGAGAGCUAGUACUAUGCCCUAGGAUGCAUGAGCAAUCAUAGCCUGAUGGGCUGUAAGAAGAAAGAAAUGCCAAUGGCCUGGAAGUCAGAAAAGGUAAAAGCUGCUGAGUGAGAGGUAUUUUGUAAAGUCAGUUUCACAAAGAAAGAAAAUUGAGUGUUCUUACAACUACAGCAGCAAAACAAACCUGAAGGUAUAUUGUUACAAAGGAAGUGCUCAUUCAAAUACUGCGCUUUCUCUGAAAAGUAAAAGGUAUUUGACUAUUAAAAUGACCUCUGAAUUAUAUGUUUGUUUGACAGUUUUUCUUUUUUGCAAGAUGUCUAAUAAAAUUAAUGUACAAAACCUGA